CUGGUGGGCGGGCCGGGCGCGGGGCGGGAGGGGCCAAGAGCAGAGCCCGGCCGCGCCGCGCGCCCAGUGGGGCGGGCUUCGGGCUGCGCCAGAGAGCGGGGCAGCUGGCGCCGGUGUCUGAGCCUCUGCGCCGGACUCUGAGGCAGUGAAGGAGAAAACUGUAGUACGGGAUGGCUUGGUCGGCUAGUCCCAAGUCACACAGCUGGUUCUGGCCAAGCCGGGGCUUCGAGAGAGAGCCAUAUGGCCCCUGCAGACCCGGCCUCGGAGGGUCCCAAGCUUGAGGACCCGCCGGCCCCCCACCUCUUUGGACAGUGCCCUUCUGGCUUAGCCAUGGCGAAGCUGGAGACGUUACCUGUGCGCGCUGAUCCAGGGAGGGACCCUCUCCUGGCCUUUGCCCCCCGGCCUUCUGAGCUUGGACCCCCAGAUCCCCGCCUGACCAUGGGCAGUGUGGGUGGUGGGGUGACCCAUGCCCAGGAGUUUCCUAUGAAAAGCGUGGGCACUCGAACAGGGGGUGGGGGCAGCCAGGGCAGUUUCCCUGGCCCAAGAAGCAGUGGUGGUGGGGCCAGGGAGAGACCUGGCCGCUACCCAUCAGAGGACAAGGCUCUCGCCAAUUCUCUCUACCUCAAUGGCGAGCUGCGGGGCAGUGACCACACAGACGUCUGUGGCAAUGUGGUGGGCAGCAGUGGGGGCAGCAGCAGCAGUGGGGGCAGUGACAAGGCCCCACCACAGUAUCGUGAACCCAACCACCCACCCAAGCUCCUGAGCACCUCUGGCAAGCUGGACCAGUGCUCAGAGCCACUAGUUCGGCCAUCAGCCUUCAAGCCUGUUGUACCCAAGAACUUCCAUUCCAUGCAGAACUUGUGUCCUCCACAGACCAAUGGGACCCCUGAGGGACGACAGGGCCCUGCUGGCCUCAAGGGCGGACUGGACAAGUCUCGGACCAUGACCCCAGCUGGUGGGAGUGGGGGUGGCCUCUCAGACUCAGGCCGGAACUCGCUCACAAGCUUGCCCACCUAUAGCUCCAGCUAUAGCCAGCACCUGGCACCCCUCAGUGCUUCCACCAGUCACAUCAACCGUAUUGGCACUGCCGGCUAUAGUAGUAGCAGCAGUGGUGGGGGGUCGGGCUACCAGGAUCUGGGGACCUCCGACAGUGGGCGGGCUUCCAGUAAGAGUGGGUCAUCCUCAUCCAUGGGUCGGUCAGGCCACCUGGGCUCUGGGGAGGGCGGAAGUGGGGGCCUGCCAUUUGCAGCCUGUUCACCACCCUCGCCCAGUGCACUGAUCCAGGAGCUGGAGGAGCGGCUGUGGGAGAAGGAGCAGGAGGUGGCGGCUCUGCGGCGCAGCCUGGAACAGAGCGAGGCGGCCGUGGCCCAGGUGUUGGAGGAGCGGCAGAAGGCCUGGGAGCGUGAGCUGGCAGAGCUCCGGCAAGGUUGCAGCGGGAAGCUGCAGCAGGUGGCCCGCCGCGCCCAGCGUGCCCAGCAGGGCCUCCAGCUGCAGGUGCUGCGGCUACAGCAGGACAAGAAACAGCUGCAGGAGGAGGCAGCCCAGCUGAUGAGGCAGCGGGAAGAGCUGGAGGACAAGGUGGCCGCCUGCCAGAAGGAGCAGGCUGACUUCCUGCCCCGGAUGGAGGAAACCAAGUGGGAGGUGUGCCAGAAGGCCGGUGAGAUCUCCCUCCUCAAGCAACAACUGAAGGACUCACAGGCCGAUGUGUCGCAGAAGCUGAGCGAGAUCGUGGGGCUGCGCUCACAGCUCCGGGAGGGUAGGGCCUCGCUCCGGGAGAAGGAGGAACAGCUGCUCAGCUUGAGGGACUCCUUCGGCAGCAAACAGGCCAGCCUGGAGCUGAGUGAAGGCGAGCUGCCCACCGCCUGCCUCAAGCCUGCGCUGACCCCCGUGGACCUGACCGAGCCGCAGGAGGCGCUGGCCUCCUGUGAGAGCGAUGAGGCCAAGAUGCGCCGGCAGGCUGGGGUGGCAGCGGCCGCUUCCCUGGUUUCCGUUGAUGGGGAGAUGGAUGCUGGGGGAGAGGGUGGGACACGGGCCCUGCGAAGGGAGGUUGGGAGACUGCAGGCUGAGCUGGCAGCCGAGCGGCGUGCCCGUGAGCGCCAGGGUGCCAGCUUUGCAGAGGAACGCCGGGUGUGGUUGGAGGAGAAGGAGAAGGUCAUUGAAUACCAGAAGCAGCUCCAGCUGAGUUACGUGGAGAUGUACCAGCGCAACCAGCAGCUGGAGCGGCGACUACGGGAGCGUGGGGCAGCAGGGGGUGCCAGCACGCCUACUCCGCAGCACGGAGAGGAGAAGAAAGCCUGGACCCCCUCCCGCCUGGAGCGCAUCGAGUCCACAGAAAUCUGAUUCUCUAUCCGAGUGCACAACCUUCCGACUUGCGCCCUGUCUGAAGGUCGGAGUCACCACUAUUCCCUUCCAUUCAUUUCCCUUCCCCACGUGUGCUGCAUAUCCCCAGACCAAAGAGGUUCUCAAAGCAGCUGUGACCAGCCCCCUUGUUGUCCCUGUCCACGCAGCUCCAGCACUGCCACUCCAGACCCUCCUGCCAAGGAGAGCAUGGGGGAGGGCAGAGUGCGACGGGCCGAGGUCCCCGCAGGGAGCGUGCUCCCUUUCUGGGAAGCCUGUUGUUGGAGAUGGAGGCAGCAGGCUCGCAUUGCCAGGAAGUACCCCAGCCCCCCUCCUCGGAUCUUGGGCUGCUGCUGCUGGCCACCUUGUGUCCAGUGCUACUGUCUGUGCUCUCCUCCUGGGCCACCCGGCCUGAAGGAGCCUGCAGGGGUCUACCAUUGCUGGCAGACCCGAGGCUCCUAGUCUCUCUCCUACAUGUGGUAUUCCUUCCUUCCCCAGGCAGAUAGGUAGAAGUGGGAGCAGAUGGCCUGCCUGUGGUUGAGAGGGCUACCUGCCCAGCCCCUCCCCCACCAAGGUAUCUUGGACCCGGGCCCCAUAGCCUGGACUAGUCCUGAGCAUGUGUCCCUCUCUGUGUACUGAGGGAGGUGAGAGCUGAGGCCGGAAGCUGAGUCUCCAGGGAAGAUCUGCCUUCCUAUUCUCGGGAAAGGUCCCCUGGAGGCUUCUCAGCCCCACCCUCACCCUCUGGCCAGGAUCCUCCGAGGCUACAUUCCUCCCCCCCCCCCCCUUGAUUGACCCCACCAUACCCAGGGUCGCUGCUCAGCUCUGAUUAUAGCUAUGAGUGCCACCUGCCUCUUAGGUAUUGUUUGCUCCAUUGCUGCAGUCAGAUGAAUGUCUGAUGUCUUCCUGUGUUUUCCCUCACGCUCUCCCGCUGGCCUCCCGCUUUUCAUGCGCACAUCAUCUUCCCAGGCUGCCUUUUUCUUCCUUUUCUCCCAGCAGAAAGCUCUGCUUCACUUUUGGUGCACUGCUCACUCCCCGGCUCCCCAAGUCUGAGCCUGGGGCCCUUGUUUUGAGGGGCCGUUCAGGGUUGGAUGUGACUGCCUCUGAAGAACAAGGCUGAUGGGAGAGGACCACUGACCCUUGGGCUCCUUGCCAGAUUCUUGAGCUGGCUUGUUUGUCCGGGCAGGGAUGGCUGGUAUGGUCAUCAGUAUGGGUUGCGACAGUCAAUGUCGAUUCCUUCUCUAGGAUCUCUCAGAUUCUCAUCUCCCCAAGACAGGCAGGGAAAUUCUAAUGUCUCUUUUAAGAAAGUAAAUUUCCAAUUCACCAGCAAUAACAAUCAGAGGAGACUUGGCCCUCAGUCCUUGUAUUUCUCCUUUUCACUCUCUCUUCCACCCCCAAGAUAGAAUUUUGGGGUCAGGAUGGAGAGAGUUGGUAACUACUGUGAGCAAGUCCCCCAAUCCCUGACCAGCCUCCUCCCACGACUGGUGACUGUUUAACAAGCUGUGCACCCCCACAAAGCGGGAGUGCCCUAUCUGUGGCCCCCAACCCUCUGCACAGCUCCUUCUAGGUGGUCCUCAACAGGUUUUUGACCUUGAUUGGAGGCCACUGUGACAACCACUGCCCAUCCCUCUAAUCCCUCACUGCACCUGCUCCAGACCCUGAGCCUGGUCCACAAGGACUGGGAAAAGGCAUUAAAACAAAACAAAACAAGAUGGGGAGGGGGGAAAGAAAAAUACGAACAGCUUUGGAAUGUCCAACCACAAAUAAAUUAUAUAUAAAUAUAUAAAUAUAUAUAUAUAUAUCUACCAUAUGUGAUGGAAAGAGUUUUCAUUUUCCUUUCCCAGAGAAAUAAAAUGGAGAAACCCUCUUGGAUGGCA